AUGGGAAGCUGCGAUGUCGAAGCCAUCCUCAACUCUCGACCCCUCAUUCCACUUUCGUCAGAUACCUCCGACCUCCUCGCACUAACUCCAGGUCAUUUCCUCAUCGGUAAUGCACUCACGAGCUUGCGCGAUCGCGAUCUACAAGAAACUACUGCAAAUCGAUUGUCAGCAUGGCAGCGUGUUCAACAAUUGAAACAGCAUUUCUGGAAGCGCUGGCAUCACAAGUACCUGAAUGAACUGGCAAAUCGCAAUAAGUGGACCAGAGGACAACAUCCCAUCAUCAAAGGUGGAAUCGUUCUACUCCGAGAAGACAACAUUCCGUCAUAUAACGGAACAGAAGCAUUUGACAGAGUAAUUGAUAGCAUAGAUAAAGAUGGCAAAUUAUUGUUCUUAGAUGGUCCAGCAGGCUCAGGCAAGACAUAUUUAUACAAAGUAAUUAUCGAUUACAUUAAAAGUAUUGGCAAAGUAGUAUUACCAUUUGCAACUACAGGAAUAAGAGCAGAUUUGUUAGACAGAGCCAAAACAGUUCAUAGUGGAUUUAAGUCAUCAGUACCGUUAUUCGAGAAUUCAGCUUCAAGAAUAAAAGAGGGCUCUAAGGAAGCUAUGUUAUUAUCAAAGGCAUCACUUAUACUAAUAGAUGAAGCAUCAAUAUUAUCUAAAUAUGCAUUAAAUGCAAUCGAUGAGGUACUUAGACGUAUAACUAAUAAUGACAAUAUAUUUGGUGGUCAAACAGUAUUGUUGAGUGGAGACUUUAGACAAACUGCUAAUGUAGUUAUGAGAGGUGAGAAUAGUAUAAACGAUGCAAAUAACAUGGUAGAGAUACCAGAAAUGUUUAUUGAGAAAGGUAAUAUAGUUAAUAGUAUAUUUGGAGAGGGCAGUAUUGACACAACAGAUGAAUUAUUAUACGAUAAGAUAAUGCUAACAAGCAGAAACAAUGAUGCAGUAAAGCUUAAUACUUUAAUCAUAGACAAAAUUGAUGAAGUUGCUAAGACAUAUGUAAGUAUUGAUACCAUUGCUUCUGAGGACAAUAAUGAUUAUACUAAUUAUCCUAUAGAAUUCAUCAAUAAGCAACAACCAUCAGGAAUGCCAGCUCAUAUAUUAAAGUUAAAGGUAGGAACAGUUAUGCUCUUACGUAACUUGGAUCAAAAUAAUGGUCUGCUUAAUGGAACAAGAAUGGUUGUAAAAGAAUUACAUGAUUAUUACAUUGUAUGCAAAACACUUAUAGGAGUCAAUAAGGGUAGAAUUGUUGCAAUACCAAGAAUUGAAACAAUACUACCAUUCGUUUUAAAAAGAGACAGAUCUCUAUAA